AUGAACUUUUUGAACCAUGGCAAUAGUAAUAUCUCCCGAUUAUCCGUGGUCUCCAUUACACGUGAAGAUUCCCAAUACACCAACAUCGAGUCGCCUACACACGCGCUGGUUCACACCACCAAUGGCAAAAUGGCGUUAGAUUUACAAGAAAAAAGCUCGCUGAAUUUGGCCCACAUCACGAAUGCACUCAUGUACGGUAUCAUCAACUCCAUCCUGACCAUCCCCACCAUGUAUGGAUAUGCCGUCAUUCUCUUCAGCCACAAAGACUUUGCAGACUUCAUGCCGGCACUCUCCAAGCUUGUCAUCUAUUCCAGCGCUGUGCAUCAAAUUAUGUUCACACUCAUGAGCUCCUUGCCGUUUUCCAUUGGACAAGUGCAAGAUGCCGGGCUCAUUUUCCUUAGUACCAUGGCCACCUCCAUCUGCAAUUCAUUGGGCGAAGACGUGCCAGUGGAGGCCAAGGUGACUACUUCUAUCGUCGUAAUCGGUAUCGCCACGGCAUCAUUGGGGGUGUGUCGUGUGGUCGCGGGCAAACUCAAGCUGGCCGCGCUGGCGUCGUACUUGCCAAUGCCCGUUAUUGGAGGAUACCUUGCUUUCAUUGGCAUUUUCUGCUUUUACGCUGGACUUGCGCUGUGCACAGGUCUCGUCGUCAAUAAUUUCGAGUCCAUGAUCAGUGUCUUUGACAAUGCACACGACGUUCUGCUCUGCGUGCCCGGUAUUAUUGGUGGUGCGUUCCUGCUCAUCGUAUCGCAGCGCUACGACAAUUCGUUCAUCCUGUCCGGAUCAAUCUUGAUCAUGCCCAUCGUGUUCUUCUUCAUUCUGUUGGUUGGUGGUAUCUCGAUGGACGACGCGCGCGACGGUGGCUGGAUCGGCCCUGCCAAAGACCCUGUCACCGUUUCGGAACUGAUCGGUCUCUUUGACUUCUCCUUGGUCCACUGGGAUCAACUGCCAAAGCAACUCGGAACGUGGGUCGGCAUGGCGUUCAUCGUGUCGUUCUCGUCUUGCUUGGAUAUCGCUGCUAUUGAGCUCGACAUGGGCAAGAAACUUGAUUUCAAUCACGAGCUCAAAACUGUUGGCUGGUCGAACGUCGUCAGCGGUCUGCUGGGCGGCUAUACGGGGUCGUAUAUUUUCUCGCAAACCAUCUUUACCUACCGUUCCAAGACGAACUCUCGCAUCGUUGGUGUUUGCGUGAUUGUCUCGGAACUUACGAUCGUGCUGGCUCCUGUGUCCUUCAUGAGUUAUGUGCCGCGCUUCUUCUUCGCAGCCACGCUCAUUUUCAUUGCCAUUGAUCUCAUGAUCGAGUGGCUCGUACUUACCUUCAACAAGAUGUCGCUGCGCGAGUACGCGGUGCUAUGGAUGACAUUCAUCGCCGUAAACCUCGUGGCGCUCGACAAAGGUAUGCUCAUUGGAUCGGGUAUUGCGAUUGUCAACUUCUUACUAGGCUAUAUUCGCCAGCCCGUUGUAAUCUGGAAACCUCGUUCUUCUGGCACAGCUCGUACUCUUGAAGAGCGUCGAUUGCUUCAUGACAUGUGUGGUACCAUCGCGUCUUUCGAGUUCAGCGGCUUCCUUUUCUUCGGCUCGUCAGUGCAGAUCCUCGACCGCGUCCAGAAGGCCGUGUACGUUCGCAAGGAAAUACCAGAUGAUAUUGGUGACGUUGGAGCAGACUACGUCAGUGGCGGGAACAUGUCGCUCACACCCAACGAACACCGGACACCGUUGAUUGAGUGUCUCGAUGGAGCUCCUGCUACAGACCCCGACGCCAAACCGACCGAGUACGUCGUGAUGGACUUCACCAACGUCACGGCAAUGGACGCCACGACCGCACGUAGCGCAUUUCUCAUUCUACAGAAGUACUGCAGUAAUCACGAUAUCACCGUCGUGUAUGCCGCAGCGCUUCCUCAGAUCCGCAGUAUGUUGGUGAAAAACGACAUCGUGGGCGAUGAUAGUUUCUUUUCAAGCUCUGAGUCAGCUCUCGAGUUCUGUGAGAACGAGCUCCUGGCCAGUACCAUGGGUGUAGUUCGCAAGAGCAGCUUCCGUGACGAGUCUAGCAGGCAGCUAAUGCAGCUUUUUACCGGCGAGUCCGACGAUUCGCAGAUUCCGAGCAUUGACGAUAAGUUGUUUGAUAAACGUGAGGUGCCCGCCGGCCAUGAAUUUUACAACGUUGGGGAGUCAGCGGACCGCUUCUACUUCCUCGCAAGCGGUUGUGUCACGCUCAGCAGAAACAACGGAUUGGAUGGGAGUGUUGAUACCGUCAUGACGGGGUCCCUGUUCGGUGAAGUAGACUUUUUUGGUCACCAAGAGCGGCAAUUGGUGGCAUUCGCGAGGGAACCAUGCACUGUGUUUGAGAUGAGACGUGAGAGGUACGAGAUGAUGCAGGAGCAGAAUCCAGCCUUGCUGACGCGGAUUCGCGACGUAGUGAUGCAGUCAAUGGCAGUCUCACUCAGCAAUGCCAUGAAUCAUAUAAGCAGUAGUACGAGAAGCUCAACGACAUCGCUAUGCGGGUAA